AUUCUAGUCCGCGGUGUAAUUUAAGCGCAUGCGCAGUGUGUCACGGAACGAGCCAACGGACGAAGUUGGAAACAAGACUGUUUGUUAAUCCUGAUUUUUUACAGUAAGCAAUGGAUCUCGUCCCGUCUCUGUCCUCACUGCGGCUCCUGGUUUCUCCUCUGCGUCUCACGUCCGCCUUCAUGUGGCAGAUUGUCCAGGAUCAGAACGUGGAGCAGUUUGGAAAACUGGAAGAGUUUGUUUCGGUGAUGACCAACUUAGUGCCAGAACUCCUAAGCAGGAGGCAGAGGGCCACACUGAUAGUGGGAUUACGAGCAAAGAUGAUUCUUGAGAUGUGUCGAGGCGAGCUUCCAGCAGACCUUCACACUGUCAAAUCACACAUUCACCAAAUCCAGACUACCGAUUUACUGAAGGUGAGCGACACAGACAUGGAGAGCUUACAGGACAGCGUACUUCAACUCGUCCUCAGCUUGCUAGAGGACGCCAUGAAGCGAGAAUACUUCUUUCAGGAAGUAUUUCCAGUGGAGUACGGUCCUGACUUUGACAAAGCGCUGCAAGUCCUCGUUGGCUUUUUUCUCUCCAGAUUGGAGCAACUCCUGCCUGUACCAAACUUCAAACAGCUCUCAUUGUUGCUCAGCUGCCGUCCUGGUGAGCUGGAUGGGUAUGUGGACUCGGUUUGCAAGUCGCACAGUUUGCUGUCCUUGCUGCAAUCAGAUAUAUGUGGCACUCUGGAAAAAAACGUUCUUCCAUCAAUCGUGGAGGAUCGAAUAGUCUCCUCAUUGUCACUGCCUCCUGUUGGCGACUCGGUCCUUGUAAAUCAGCAGAACGAUGCCACGCUACUUCUAGAGGAGCCGAAAAACCUACUAAAACAGACUGUAGACAAGGAGACACUGGCAGGUGAUCCAGAUGUCCGAAAUGAGGGAUCUAGCUCCAACAGCGAAUCAUCCUUCAGAGACAGCGAUGGAGAAAAGGAAACAAAUGCUGAUAAACUGCAAGAGUGUGACUCCAAAGAGCCAGACCUGCUGUCGUCCACCAAUGAUGCUCACACAGGAGAUCUCAUUUUUUCGGCAGCAGCACCUCCUCAGCGCCCCGACAGUUUCACCAACUCCCCGUCCAAAGGCUUCCACUACGCCGGCAGGACCGUACACCGCUGUCAACAGUGCACUAAAUACUUCAUCUACCGCUCUGACCUCGUGAAGCACCAGGAGACGCACACCAAGCCAGGGGCGCACGAGUGUCUGCAGUGUGGGCAGGAUUUUGAGGAUUCGACUCAGCUGGCGGCGCACAGGAUCUCCAGCUGCAACACCAGAGUGUUCAAGUGCGUCAAAUGCAGAGCUCACUUCCGAUCCCUCAGGACCCUGUACAAACACAACCGAAUGCACAAAGAGAAGACCACACACAAAUGCCCUGAGUGCGGGCGCACGUUCACAAGCCUCUCCCAGUUAGUCAGCCACCGGCGCGGACACCGAACUCCUUCCAUCAAACGGAACUACACCUGCAAACAAUGCAACGAGACGUUCGGCUCGUAUAGAGCGAGUCUGAUCCACCAGAAGAUCCAUAAAGCGGACGCAGCGCGUCCGUCCAAAUCGGAUCGACAGCCAGGAAAGUGUCGCUUCUGCGACUUGACGUUCAACAUAGACAGCGAGUUAAGAAGCCACCUGAAGACGCACGCCGAGUUCAGACCGUAUAUCUGCGACCAGUGUGGGAAGUGCUUCUCUGCGAACAGCAGUCUGCUAGCUCACCUCUCCAACCACACCGGAGAAAAGCCCCUCCUCUGCUCGCAGUGCGGCAAACGCUUCUACAGCAAGAUCCAGCUCAAGUCCCACAUGAGGUGUCAUUCUGGAGAGCGUCCGCACAUCUGCCCCUACUGCGAGAAGCAGUUUUCACUGUCAGGGAACUUGAAGAUCCACAUCCGCAUCCACACCGGCGAGAAGCCGUACGUGUGCCAUCAGUGCGGGAAGGGUUUCGUGUCCGCCGGCUGUCUGCAGGUGCACCUGCGCUCGCACACCGGAGAGAAGCCGUACCAGUGUAAAAUCUGCGGGAAGAAGUUCGUUGUUUCCAGCCACCUGACGGCGCACAUGUGCUUUCACACCGGCGAGCGUCCGCAUUGCUGCAUGCAGUGCGGGAAACGCUUCAUCCGCCGCUACGACUUGAGCAAGCACAUGUACACUCACAUCGGGAAGAGGCCGUUCCCCUGCCCCAUGUGCCCCAAGGCGUAUACCUGCCGCACGCACUUGAACAGGCACAUGAAGAGCCACAGCGUUUGAUUAGCAUUAGCAUCAUUACCCUGCUGAAAAAUCCAGCUUAAACCAGCCUAGGCUGGUUGGCUGGUUUUAGCUGGUCAACCAGGCUGGUUUUAGAGGGGUUUUGGCCAUUUCCGUUUCCAGCCAUUUCUAGCCUGGUCUUAGCUGGUCAGGUUGGGAGUUGACCAGCUAAAACCAGCUUGACCAGCCUAGCCAGGCUGGGAGCCCAGCCAAAACCAGCUAUGUCCAGCUUAAACCAGGCUGGUCAAGCUGGUUUUAGCUGGAUUUAGCUGGUCAUUUUCCAGCCUGACCAGCUAAGACCUGAAAAUGGCUGGAAACCAGCCUGGAAGUGGCCAAAACCCCUCUAAAACCAGCCAACCAGCCUAGGCUGGUUUAAGCUGGAUUUUUCAGCAGGGUAUAUACAUGUUUUUUAUCGUUCUGUCAUCCCGAGUGCCUUGUAAGAAGCGAAAUUGUACUCGCGAAGAUUAAUAUGGUGUCAUUUACUCGUGCUCAUCACGACUGCUGUUGAUGUCCAAGCCUACACACUGUGUAUUCUAUCUCUCUCUCUGACGGUGAGACAUGUAAAGGCACAGUUCACACAAAACUGUCUUCUGUCGAACACGGAAGAUAUUCAGAAUAUCUCAUUUUUCGUUUGACACGGCUUCAGCGAGUUAAUAAAGAGGAAAUGUUCGAGAAAAA